AUGUCAUCAUACAACAGCGUCUCACUGCGCAACAGCCUCGGCGUCUUCACCUCCGCCGCAGGCAUCCAUCAGCUAGCGAAUUCCUAUCUCUUCGGCGUCACCGUGUGGCACACUUUCUUCAAUGGACCGAUCGCCUACAAGACUCUUCCCCGCAUGCAAUUUGGCAAUCUACAGAGCAAGCUGUUCCCCGUCUACUUUGCAUCGGCCUCUGCAGCGGCGGCGAUCGCGCUCGCUACAUUCAUCAAGAUCCAUCCAGAGAUUCGCUCCUCGGUCUGGUCGUUCAGUAGAGGCCCCACCUUCCAGGCUUGGACGAUAGGCGCAGGCGUACUGCUACCGUCUCUGCUCAAUUGGGCUGCUAUCGGGCCAUGGGUGACCGGCAUCAUGUUCGAGCGCCAUCGUCUCGAGAAGAGAGAGGGCAAGGCCUACACCGAUCCCGAGCCAUCGGAAGAGAUGAAGACGCUCAAUAGCAGGUUCAUCACCGCACACAGUGUGUCGAGCAUAGUGAACUUGGUCGUCGUCAUUGCUCUUGCGUGGCACACCGCAUGGACGGGCGCCAACGGAAGAAGCACUGCAUCGCUCGCUCGUGGAUCGACUCAUGCGGCAACAGUAGAUGCGCAAGGAGUCCCUGCGCCCCACUCUUUCGAAGUCGUUCGAUGGGCCUCUGCUCAUCCUCCAGUGACCGGCACCUUCAGGGAUCGGUCCCUUGGUGGGACGUCGUCAAUGAACAGUAGGGACAGCCUGCGCAAGCCGAGUAUCCUGAUGUUCGCUCAUCGCUAG